AUGUUAUUCAGGAUUGUCUUAAUGGUGCGUGUCUUGGUUAGCUUAGCAAUAGCAGCUUCUCAAGAUCUAAACUUCCCCUUCUCUGGCUUCCGAUCCACUAGUCUAAGCCUUGACGGCCUAGCUGAGUUAACCUCCAAUGGCCUUUUGAGGCUAACCAAUGAAACCUACAACCAAAUGGGUCACGCCUUCUAUCCAAACCCAGUAACCUUCAAGAACUCUAUAAAUAGCACUGCUUUCACCUUCUCUACUACCUUUGUUUUCGCUAUCAUACCUGAAUAUGCACAUUUUGGUGGCCAUGGUAUUGCCUUUGUCAUUGCACCCACAAGAGGUCUCCCAGGAGCUCUUCCAAACCAGAACCUUGGUCUAUUUAGUAACACCAACAAUGGGAAUCAGACCAACCAUGUUGUUGCUGUGGAGCUUGACACGAUAUACAGCACCGGGUUCAAUGAUAUCGAUGAUAACCAUGUUGGGAUUGAUAUUAAUGGUUUAGAGUCUGAACGAUCUGCUUCAGCUGGAUAUUAUUCCCAACUUAAUGGUGAAAUUCUGGAGGCAAGGGAUCCCAAUUUGGGUACAGAAUAUAUUGCAGAGGAAAUGGAAUUGGUAUUGAAACUUGGUUUGAUGUGCUCUCAUUCUGAGCCUGCAGCAAGGCCAAGCAUGCGCCAAGUAGUGCAGUUCUUAGAGGGGAAUGUUCCUCUGCCUGACAUUUCACCACUUCGUCUUUCUGCAAGUGGCCUAACAUUUUCACAUCGUGAAGGUUUCGAUGAGUCUGCCAAUUCUUAUCCUUCUUCUAUGGACAUGGCAUUUGCACAUUCGUCCUCGGUUGCAGAGUCCCUCCUUUCAGGUGGCCGUUAA